UACCUCACCAAGUCACCAUGUCGUAAACGAAGGGUUAGAAAAGUAAAUGCAAGAAUACCCCUUCGAUAUUAGAUCCUCCGGAGCCAUUUCGACUGGCAGUGUACUAAUUCUAAUUUUUAUUUUUUCUCUUCUAACUCGUCUAACUCACUCCAAAGGAGAACGAAAGAAGAAAAAUUGCAGAGCCAAGCAAAGAAUCAAAGCAAAAUUUUGCUAGAUGCUAUCCUGCGCCUAACCACUUUUAUCAUUCUAUCGUGCGCCACACAUGGGAGGAGAUGUAACCGGAGCGAUCACCACCACCACCACAGCCGCAGCCGCCGUCGCCACCACGGCGGGCCCACCUUACGGUGGAGGCACGGCUGAAGCUCAGUACGUUGCGGCGAAGACGUCGGUUUGGUGGGACAUUGAAAACUGCCAGGUCCCCAAAAGCUGCGACCCGCACGCGAUCGCGCAGAACAUUAGUUCGGCGUUGGUUAAGAUGAACUACUGUGGGCCCGUUUCCAUCUCCGCCUACGGCGAUACCAAUCGGAUUCCUUCUUCUGUACAGCAGGCGCUUUCAAGCACCGGCAUCGCACUCAAUCAUGUCCCCGCCGGUGUGAAAGAUGCAAGUGAUAAAAAGAUUCUUGUAGAUAUGCUGUUUUGGGCAGUGGACAAUCCUGCUCCUGCGAAUUAUCUGUUGAUUUCUGGCGAUAGGGAUUUUUCUAAUGCGCUACAUCAGUUACGUAUGAGGAGAUAUAAUAUUCUUUUGGCACAGCCCCAGAAGGCAUCUGCACCCCUUGUUGCUGCAGCCAAGAGUGUAUGGCUUUGGACAAGUCUCUCGGCUGGUGGUCCUCCUCUUUCGAGUGGUGAAUCGUCUAAACUUGCUAAUGGUCACAUUAGUUUUAACUCCGAAAUGUUGUACAACCCGCUGCCCGAAAUGGUUCAGUAUAGUCAACCAAUGGUUUUUAGUUCUGAAAAUGUUGCAUUGGGGAAUCAAAAUGUUUCUAAUGCUGGAAGGAAUGGUGAUAGCAAAUAUAAAGGGAAAUAUAUCAGGAAAACCCCGAAUCAGCCAAGCAUAUCAAGAGCCUCUAGUGUGCCAACAACUAGCAUUCAAGAAACUAUGAACAAUGGUUACUCUUACCAGCCAGAGUAUGCACAGGCAAAGUCCUUUAAGAAAGCACCACAUGAGUUUUUUGGUGGCAGUGAAGCAGCUGUCUCUGCAAGCAAAUCUACUCCAAACUUCUUUCCUAGUAAUCCUAACCCUCCGGGGAGUAACAAUGGUAAUUUCAUGGGCAUUCAUCAGAAUUAUCCUCAUUCCUUGAGGCCGAAUAACCUUCCUGUGCAACCUGCUUUUGCACAGGAAAAUUUGCUACCUCCUAAUUCACAAAAUCAUGGUUUCCGCCCAAUGCCUCCUAGAGUGGAGGGGCCUAGAUUUUCGGCUCCACUCUCAAAUAUGCCUGAUAUUGGUAAGUUAAAUAUCUCUGAACACUCCACCUAUGCUCAAAAUCCUUCUAAUUUUCAUCAUCGAAUUGGAGAAGAGUUUAAAACAAGCUCUAUCGAGUCAUUGCCUAAUCAAGCUAGCCUAAAUGCGCCACAAAAGAGUCUUGUGUUGCACAGUGGUCAAGCGAGUCAGCAUGAUACUUUUAAUAAUAGGUAUCAACGGAGUCCUGAAUUUCCACCUCCAUCGUCCUCAGCAAUUUCUAAUUCUCCAAGCAAUGGUACUUGGGGAACUCAAGGACGCUCACCACCUUCUGAAUAUGUGCAAGGUCUCAUUGGUGUUAUCUUACUUGCAUUAAACACACUCAAAAUUGAAAAAAUUAUGCCUACUGAAGCAAAUAUUACUGAUUGCAUUCGAUAUGGAGAUCCAAAACACCGCAAUACUGAUGUAAGGAAGGCUUUGGAUAGUGCAAUUGAGCAACAUAUGGUAUUGAAGCAAAGUUUAGGUGCAUUGCAGUUGUAUGUUGGUAGAAAUGAGAAACUAUGGAAGUGUGUGAAUCCUAUUGGUGGGAAUCCUAAUCAGUACUCGAAGACAACGUGGGAUGGAAUACAAAAGUUUUUAUCAACCCCUGCUGGACGAUUAGCAAUGAUGGCUUCUCAAUGCAGAUAUGAAGCAGCUUUGGCUUUAAAAGAUGCAUGCUUGGAGGAGUUUGCUCUAGGUGAUGUUCUUCAGAUCUUGAAUAUGGUAAUUGCCAUGAAGAAAUGGAUUAUACAUCAUCAGUCAGGAUGGCAACCGAUUACCGUUACCCUUCCAGAGACUAAGAUGGAAAUGGGUACUGGUACUGCUGCUUGACCUGAUCAAGAGUGGUUCUGGUAGUCAAAGUGGCCCUAGGGUGAUGAAAGAUGGUAAGAAGUGUAUUGGGGGGUAAGAAAAAAGGGUCACUUAGAAAGAAAAUACAAUCAUCAAUUAUCAAGAAAGUUAGUGGCAGACUCUGAUUUUUGGAUCAUUAGUCAAGUAAGUAGGAUAGGUGUUUCUCUUUUAUGUUUUUUUCUUUUCUUUUUUCUAUUAUUGUUUGCUGCAAGACUAUAAUGGGGAUCUGCAGGAGGGGAUAGAAAAUCUUAAGAUGAUGGAGUUAGAUUGGAAAUUUUCAGGAUCAGGAGCAGAGUUAAGUAAUAAGUUCAUUCUCUGCGUCAUAAGGCUGCUUUGCAAAGAGUUUUUGAGCCUGUGCUAUGUGGAUUUGGUAUAUUACAAGCUAUCCCUAAUAUGUUUGGUUGUCGCUGGUAUUGCUUAAUUAGUUACAUGCAAAAGGCUUUCUUCACUCCAGCACAAUACGUUCGGAAUUUAACUGCUCAGGAUAGUGGUAAUCUUUUUGUUUCAGCAGAUAAUUCCAUGUUGCUGUAUGAGCUUGGACUAGUUUCAACAUGUAUAUACCAUAUGCAGUAUCUCCACCCAUAUCAUCAGACUCUUAUGGAAUCUUUUCGAAGAUGUACUGAGGCUUCCAGAACCUGUUGGACAGGUUCUUGUUCAACUGCUGCAUAAUGGGGCUUAGUAGUGAUGGAUGUCACAGACGUGGUCAAGAUUGACACAAUUAUUGACAUUAUAGAAGCUUCCAAAGUAUUUUGAUGUUGGAUUUUAUUUGGAGGUUGCUAAGCUCUUGGCAAUCGGUACGCAUCGCAUGGAAGUAUGAUUAGGGAGCUUUAUUCCUAGUAUUACAGUUUAAGUACACUAUGCAUUUAUGGGCCAUGGAAUAGAUGGCCAUACUUAUCAACUAAAGUGAAUGUUUUAGCUUGAACCUUGUGUUGUUACCGUGGCUGAUGGUUGUAUCCUUGAUUUUUAUCUUGAACACACUUGUAAAUGUUUUGUGUUGAAGUCAACACUUUGCUUGUCUUGUAGCCAUUCGCUUUAGUUAAUCAUGUAAUUUCUGCGUUAGGUUAA